UGGUACGUCUUCUGAUGCGAAUUUUGCCAGGCAAAUGCAAUUAGAUUGUCCAGUUAGGUUUCCUUUGCUUUAGCUUGGUGACAUUUUACAUAUAUGUGAUCGCGCUGGGUACGGAUUUGGUAUCUCAGACUGUUCUUGGUUGCUGCGUGUGGUGUCUAUAAGUUUCAUGAUUAAGCUUUCAGAGAGAUCUCCGAGAUAUGCCAUCAGAGUUAGUGAUGUUGCAAAUAGGUCGUCGCCUUCAGUUCCCAUUUCGAAAUCGUGGUCCUUGUGGAUUCAGUUGAAGCAAAAAUCCAGUCGAGCAGGAAGACCCAAGAAGAAAAUCUACCAUAGAGUCCCGGAACUUGACAAAGUCAUGGACUUGCAAAAGAAGCCAGCUUUAAUCCUACAGCUCAAAUCUAUCAUCCAAUCCCACAAGAACCAAUCUCUCCUCCUUAGGGACCUAGAAAAAGAAGUAGGGUUCGUUCAAAAGUGGAACUUUAUGGCUGUGAUUGAAAGGUACCCUUCAAUGUUCCACGUAGGUGGUGGCAAUAGAAUGCCUCCUUUUGUAUCACUCACUGAGAGAGCUGAGAAGAUUGCUUGUGGAGAAGCUAAAGUCAGGACGUUAAUGGAACCCAUUUUGGUGAAAAAUUUGAGGAAGCUGUUAAUGUUGUCCGUGGAUUGUCAAAUCCCGCUCGAGAAGAUUGAAUUUAUAGGGUCUGGACUGGGAUUGCCUGAUAAUUUCAAGAAUACUUUGAUCCCAAAGUACCCUGAGUUUUUCUCAGUCAAAAAUGUCAAUGGAAGAGAUUGCCUUAGGCUGGAACAUUGGGAUUCCUCAUUGGCUGUUACAGCCCGUGAGGAAAAACUAGCACGUGAAGGUUUUCUGGACUCUAACGUAGGUCAAGAGAAGGUUAAAAUAUCCAAAGAUGGUAAUUAUGCAGGUCCCUUUGCGUUCAGAAUGAGUUAUCCUGCUGGUUUUAGACCAAACACAGGUUAUCUUGCAGCAGUUGAGAGGUGGCAGAGAUUGGAAUUUCCUUCACCUUACUUGAACGCGAGAAGAUUUGAGGUAACCGAUCAUAAAGCUCGAAAAAGGGUGGUGGCUGUGCUUCAUGAGCUCCUCAGUUUGACUAUGGAGAAAAGGAUGUCAUAUUCACAAUUGGAUGCAUUUCACUCGGAGUAUCUGUUGCCAUCUAGGUUGGUCCUUUGUUUGAUCAAGCAUCAAGGCAUCUUUUACCUUACUAAUAAGGGUGCUAGGGGCACGGUGUUCCUUAAAGAAGCCUUUGAUGGAUCAAAUCUAUUAGAGAAGUGUCCUUUGCUAUCUUUCAAUGAGAAGUUUAUGGAACUUUGUGGGCGAAGGGCUACGAGUUCAUGUGUAACAAGAUGACUUUGUCAGAUGGUGUUGAAUGAUAUAUACUUAAUCGUUCCUUUGUCCUGA